CCUAGCCGCAAAGUUUCCGGCAUUGCGUAAUUACCCUGCGCCCGCCCGGAAGCUGUCCCUCCGCUCCCGCCCCCGCGCAGCGCUGUUGUUGGGCGGUCUGGUCUCCGGGGCCGGCGGCGCGGUGCACGCUGGUCUCUCGGCGGCCAUGGGGAGCGAUUUCUACCUGCGCUAUUAUGUGGGGCACAAGGGGAAAUUCGGCCACGAGUUCCUGGAGUUCGAGUUCCGGCCGGACGGAAAACUGAGAUAUGCCAACAACAGCAAUUACAAAAAUGAUGUAAUGAUCAGAAAAGAGGCCUAUGUACACAAGAGUGUGAUGGAGGAACUAAAGAGAAUAAUUGAUGACAGUGAAAUCACAAAAGAAGAUGAUGCGUUAUGGCCUCCACCUGACAGAGUUGGUCGGCAGGAGCUUGAAAUUGUAAUUGGUGAUGAACACAUCUCUUUUACCACAUCAAAAAUCGGAUCACUUAUUGAUGUAAAUCAAUCCAAGGAUCCGGAAGGGUUGCGAGUGUUUUACUAUCUGGUGCAGGACCUUAAGUGUCUAGUCUUCAGUCUCAUUGGAUUACAUUUCAAGAUUAAGCCAAUUUAAAUUGUAUAAUUUUGAGUUUGUAUUGUAAUGUCGCAAGGGGUGGGACACUUUCAUUCCUUAUCUCUUCUUGGAUAGAACUUUUAUGUAUGUUUAGAAUUUUUUUUACAAACUGUAAGUGAAUGUCUUUAAUAAAAAUGGUGAAACCUGUAUUUUUUUAAUUUAAAA